AUACUAAAGAUGCUGUUGGGUGUUGGGCGAGUCCAAUCUCAGCUUCGAGAAAAUCUGGCUAACUGCUGUAACCCGGGUUGGUGCAGGAACACGUGGAGCUAUGCUGCUGCCGACAUGGUUCCAACACAGGAAAGCUCGGGGAUGUGAAGUUCGGAUAGGAGUGGUUUGCUCAGAAUUCCCCUCCUGGUGGGUAUUGCCGGGGACCGGGAGAGCGCAUGUCAUUGCAUCUCCAAUAAUUCCCAAGAGGUCGGCUUGCUACCUCCACCGUUGCCAGGCGUCUGCAGCAGCUCUGGCACUCUGAGCCCCGAACGCGGAUGUGGAGUGCCAACAGUCGUCGAGAAGGCGGCUUCUUCCCUCCUCAGUGCUGCCGUCCAGAGCCUAGUUCCGCUCUUCUGGCCCGGCCAGGCUUCCGAAUGCGUCAACCCUCUUGGGUCGCGGACAGUACCGCACCAGGCUUGCUCAGCACCAGAGCCCAAUAAAGAGAAUAUAAAUACACACCCGGUCCCCUCUUCCUUUUUCCUCAGCCCUUCAAGAAUUUCUCGCUGAGACAAAGCACGGCUUCCACGUUCAUUGAAGCGGCAGAAGCAGAGACCACCAAAGCCGCAAGCCCAUCCUGGUGCUUCCCACCCCAGCUCCAGCCCUUAGAGAAGCCGGAACAAAGAAAGGAACAAGCAGGAAGGCCAAGCAACAUACACCCUUGGCAGGAGAGACCGCACCGGUUGUGGAAGCUUCAGGUGUGUGGUCGUGAGAUCCGAUAGGGUCUCUCAGCGUGGACAAGCACCUCGCUGUCCAGGAGACCGGGGCAACAGGCCGUGAUCCGGGAAAGACAACGAGUCCAUCCACCACAAAUACCCAUCGGGCGUGUCGCAGCCUGCAGGACAGGCUGUCGCAAAAGGCUCUGCCCUUAAAAUCUUGGGGCGGUCCUAUCAUCCUUACAGGUUGCUCCUAGAGUUUGUCCAACCUCGACUACUCAACCAGUCGGCCACUCCUUCCGGGUUGACUGGCAAAGAUAUUUGAAGAGCUCAUCCCCGGUGUUUGAGCUACUGCCUUUCCCUCCCACUCACCCUCCAUCAUCCUCGGCUUCAACCCAGAGAUACUUUCUCACACAAGCAAAACACAAUCUCUAGCAUGGAUCGCAAUACCCCCCUCUCCCCAAGUCUGCCGAAAGGAGAGCCGUUACCUGUCGGCUUCAAUGAACUUCUGCAACAUAACGCUGCCACACCGCACGAUAUGAACGCCGCCGAUUCCAUUCGAGUACAAUCGCAACCGACUUCGAGAUAUGGAACCCCGGCGCCCCAGUUAACACAUUCGCAAAGUUUCGAUCCGUCCAUGUCAUACCAGCGUGGAGGUGCUCAGAUUCCGGGCUUCCACCCCAUGUAUCCCGACAGCAGUCCGUACGGCCCUAUUCCAGAUAUGUCGCAGCCUUAUGGCACACCGGCAGCGUCACCCCCUACACCUUCACGGGCGUCUGAUAUCAUGAGCAUACACGGCGGCAAUAUCGUAAUCGGGAAGGCGCUGGCACCAAGACGCGCGGGCGUGGAAAAGGCAUCGUCUAAAAAGAAGAAGAAGGAAAGAGCGAAGCCGCCGAAAAAUUUGCCAACUUUGGACAGGCCGCUGAGUGACUUAACAAAAGACUCGGCCAUUCCGAUCACCGAUAUCGAGACGUACGUGAACCGAGACGCCACCGCACGGCAAGACGAGGUCACCCAGUGCAGGAAGAAUCCCGGCAAGGUCAAAAGGCCCAUGAACGCCUUCAUGCUGUAUCGCAAGGCCUAUCAGCAACGUGCCAAAGAAUGGGCGUCUCAACACAACCAUCAGGUCGUCUCACGGGUCUGCGGUUCCAGCUGGCCACUUGAGCCCGAGCAUAUCCGACAGCAGUUCAAAGCCUGGGCCGACCUCGAACGUGACAACCACCAAAAAGCGCACCCGAACUACAAGUUCACGCCGUCCAAACCUCACAAGCCAGCAAAGUACGACGAAAACUUCGACGCCCACAGUGAAGCCUCGGACUUGGAUGAGUAUGGCGACUGGCAACACGCGGCGGCCCGGAUGCGGUCUGCUACCAACACGCCCAACGACGACGGGGACUACAUUCCAAGUCGCUCCGUCUAUGCCGCAACCCAUCACCCUCUGAUGGGAUUGCACGGGCUAGCGCCUCAUCACCAGAACCGAUCGGCCUUUGAAUUUUCCAACCCGGGGAAACCAAUGCCGUCCACAUACGACACUCGAGGGUUAACGAACACCUUUUACGAGAGCCACAUCCAGAACACCCAAAGGAGCCACUUGCACCCAGGUAUGAUAGAGGAUGUUCUGAUGCGCAAGACGCCAUCGCCGAGUAUGGCAUUCCAACAACACACCCACGGAUUGCCCUCGCAUUACGAGUUGAAUCAAUACCACCACCCACAACACACAUGCCCUUCUCACGAGCAACAAGCUCACUCACAAUCCCAAUCACAAGGUCAUUCCCAACCCCAGCCCCCCCGCUUUGAGCACCGUAUCGAUCCGUCGUUGAUGUCUCACGAGGAGCUCUUCAACGGAACGAAUAACCUCAACAACAUCAACAAUUCCAUAUCCAACCUCUUCGACGGCACCAACAAUUCGCAGCACGGUUGGCAAACAGGCCAGCUGACAUCCAACAACGACCCAGAGAACCAGUUCUCCCACUUCAACCUAGGGCUCGACAACACACUUUCGGUUGAGCAGCACAGCCAGUUUCUCGGGGGGGCAGACGAGUGGCGGAUGGAGCUUUUGUCAGAAGGGGCGCACUUUGAGGCCAACUGGGCCGAAACCAAGGCUGAUCAAUAGUCACUCAGUCGGGCGUAAAAAUGACAGCUGCUGGAUUUAUUCAAGAAAAAAGCAUUGAGUGGGCACAAAAAAAAGGGAGCGAGUUGAGAUCUUCUCAUUCUUGAGGAGGGCAAUAUGGGAAAGGGGCAGAACCAAGAAAGAAGCAGGGAGAGAGCGAGCGCAAAAGAAGGGGGGGAAAGCAACCUACUGUCGAUAGGGGACACAGAAAACUGAUCUGGUUGUACAUAUCUUUCCAUGCUACAUUGUUUCGUUGUUUUGUUCAGGUAGCUUAGCCUCGGAUCCGAGGGGGGUGGUGAAAGUGAAUUUUAUUGUUCUUUGGUAGUUUUUCGGACAUCAGGAUUCUUUGUAGGAGCC